AUGCCAGUUAAUUUAGUGGCAGCGAGUGAAUCAUCAAAGAGUGUGAAACACCCUUGGACUUGUUUACUGACAAGGCACUAUAGGCCCCAUCUCACCAUGGCCAUUGCCAUUCCAGCCUUCCAACAACUCACUGGCAUGAAUGUCAUAACAUUCUACGCUCCUGUUUUGUUCAAAACCAUUGGUUUUGGUGCCAAUGCUUCACUAAUGUCUGCUAUGAUCACCGGAGGUUGUAAUGCUGUUGCCACCCUUGUUUCCAUUGCAUCGGUUGACAAGUUCGGGAGACGUACUCUUUUCUUAUUUGGUGGGGCUCAGAUGUUCGUGUGUCAGAUGUUGAUAACAGUGGCAAUUGCAUAUAAGUUUGGAAUAAAUGGAAACCCUGGUGUGUUGCCAACGUGGUAUGCUACAGCUGUGGUGGUAGCUAUUUGCGUGUAUGUUGCGGGAUUUGCAUGGUCUUGGGGUCCUUUGGGGUGGUUGGUUCCCAGUGAGAUUUUUCCUCUUCAAGUUCGAUCUGCUGCUCAGAGUAUCAAUGUUUCCACCAACAUGAUCUUCACCUUUGCCAUUGCUCAAAUUUUCACUGCCAUGCUAUGCCACAUGAAGUUUGGAUUGUUCAUUUUCUUUGGAUUUUUUGUAGUAGUCAUGAAUGUGUUCAUCUACAAGCUUUUGCCAGAAACUAAAGGAGUUCCAAUAGAAGAGAUGUAUUGCGUGUGGCAAAAACACCCUUACUGGAAAAGAUUUGUCAAGCCGGCUGAGAACCAACCUCACUCUGACUGUUAG